GCUCGUCGUUCCCAAUAAGGGCUAUUCAUCAUUAGACCAGAGUCCAGAUGAAAAGCCACUGGUAGCCCUGGAUACGGACAGUGAUGAUGACUUUGACAUGUCCAGAUAUUCUUCCUCGGGAUACUCAUCAGCUGAGCAGAUCAACCAAGACUUGAACAUCCAGCUGCUAAAGGAUGGGUACCGGUUAGAUGAGAUCCCAGAUGACGAGGACCUCGACCUAAUCCCCCCUAAAUCGGUCAACCCUACAUGCAUGUGUUGCCAAGCCACCUCCUCCACCGCCUGUCACAUCCAGUAG